GCCUCCGCCCCCGCACACAAGACAGUCUCGACCGCCCGGCACCAAUCAAAAGCUGACGUUCACACCUCAAACAUGCAUAGUCAAGACCGGUAUCGAUUUCUUCACGCCACUUCUCGCCAGCAGCCUCUUGCCUGAUCGGAUCGUCCGAAGAGAGUGCCGACGCUCGGCCCCAGCUCUUUACAGUUUAGCUCUUCCUGCUCGCCUUUUACAUGCGACUGGAAAUGUUUAUUUCCACCUAAACCGAAGGAAGACUGUCUUGAAACGCGUCCUGCCAUCUCAUCUGUCGCGUCAUGACAGAAACCGAUUAAAGAUCACUUGCAAAUGGAAUUAUUUCUUCUUUAACAGCUCUUCCAAAGCAACAAGCAGUCGGGAGCAGGGCAGGAUCGGAGGAGGAUGUGCCGAAGAAUUCGACGCUCAAAUCGGCAGUUACAAAGGCUCAAAGUGUGGCGACUUGGGGGUGCCCUCCACCCAGCGCCUCGUUAGAAAUGAAAGUUUCCGCGGAAUAGGAAAGUAA